CUUAUAGAGAAAUCAAUCGAGAAAAUGGCGCUGCACGACACUUCUCUCUACGCAUUAAAAUGAAAAAUUCUCUUUUAUACCGGCUGUUGGAUCUGGGACUCGCAACACGCUUCUGUACACAUGUGAUCAUGCCGCACAAACUGACAGUUUGGUUUUUUUUUGCGGCGUAUAUAGUGCGUGAAAAACAAAAUUAUUGCUUAAUUACUGAUAUAAAAAACUGUAAUGAACGAAAAUCAACACAAACAGUUUAAUGAUGAGCCAGUGGAUCAUGAAGAAAAUAAUGAGCAUUGUCAGUCACUCAAAAGACUUCGAGAAGAAAGUCCUGAAGGUCAAACUUCACAAGCAUUGCGAAGGAUAAGAAAGAAGCCUCUGCAACAUAGCAGCAAUGUUGAAAAAAAAGAAAAUGGUAAAUCGGACAAAGAAGAGAAAAUUAAUGAAGAUUUUGACCUUGGGAGGGACAGUGAUUUAAUGAACGACUUGAUGGCAGAUUUCCAUGGGGAAUUCACACCUGAUAAUGUCAAGCCAUUGCAUAAAAAAAAUGACAAAAACCAUAAACAUACUGAUGGGAAACCAACCUCUCAAAAUCAACAAGAAACUCAAAUACUCGUGAAUGAAACAAAUGGAAUUGUCACUCAGGAUUCAGCAGUAGAGCUCGAAUUUGAAUUAGACAGUCAAAUGGAUGAUUUUUUUGAUGAGGAUUUUAGCGAUGAAACCAAAGCUGUCAAUUUAGAGGAAUUUCGAAGAUGCAAGAUUGUUAAGGUUGAGCGAGAAAAACGAUACACAAAGUUGGUUGUCAAAGACUGUGUGGAACAGACUACGGCAAAUGUGUUGUGUUAUGGAUUCUGGAAAGAUGCAUCGGUUGAAGAAAAUGAUGUUGUAUCGAUCAAGGCAAAAAAGGAUUCCCACGAUUGGAAAAUUGAUAACGAGAAUGGUGUACUUGUCGUCAAACCGUACUUUUUAAUAUCCGGGACGACGAUAACGAGCGCAAAUUUCUGUACUCGUCGUUCGAUACUCGCAGAAUACUUUCGUGGCCUCGAUUCUCUACCAAAUCUCGAAAUCGACGAUUGCGGAAUGACAGUGGGCACUUUAACCCACGAAGUCUUACAAACUGUCCUUUCAAAAAAAUUGACUUCGAUCAACGAAAUCCAGAACGUGAUAGACGAGAUUUUGGGUACACGACGAACGAUCCGGAUGCUUUACGAAGCAGGAUUAUCGCUGAAGAAAUGUAAGGAACAAAUGGAAGCGUAUAUCCCAAAAAUCGUGGAUUUCGUGCGACGUUAUAUAACCGGGAUUGUAGAGGAAGUACACAAAGACGAUUUCAAUGGAAAAAUUGAGCACGUAAGAGAAAUCGAGGAAAAUGUUUGGCUGCCGGAAUUGGGUAUAAAGGGCAAAAUCGAUGCGACCGUGGAGGUUAAAAUAAAUGAUCGUCGCAGGAUUAUGCCACUCGAGAUUAAGACUGGAAGACCAUCGUUUUCCAAUGAGCACCGAGGCCAGCUUAUCCUUUACUGUAUGAUGCUAAAACUACUGGGUCAAGAAACGGACGCAGGUCUUUUGCUGUACAUAAGGGAAAAUAUAAUGCAGGAGAUACAGAGCAAUCGUCCAGAAGAAAGAGAUCUGAUCUUGUUGAGAAACAUUUUAGUGCAUUAUUUUUCGCAAGCACCUGCCAACGAAACAACUGAAAACGGAAACCAUGAAGCAGAGCAAUUUUUUAAGCCAAUGAAACUGCCAGAACCAAUCAAUUAUCGUAACGCCUGUAUUAAAUGUCCUUACAACGUGAUAUGUUGUGUCUAUGCCGACAAGGAUAAAAGUCUCGAACUUCCGGAAUCUCAUGUUCUUAAAACUAUCUUUAAAGAAGCAAUGGAUUGCUUGGAACCUCAACAUAUCGAUUACAUAAUGAAUUGGAUAACUAUGCUGCGACUCGAAUCUGGGAGCGGCUACCUCGGAGCAAUGAAAAACAUUUGGAUACUCGAGCCCCUGAAAAGAGAACAAAAAGGCACGUGCAUAAGCAAUUUGGACGUUUGCGGAGACGCGAUGGAAAUAGGUCGGGGAUACUUGCACACUUUCGUUCGAAAAAAUUACGAUGGAGAAUAUGCAGUAAGUGAUUUGAACGAAGCACCUUUUAGUGAAGGAGAUUAUCUAAUUGUCAGUACGGAUACGAGGAUAAAUGUGUCGGCUGGUCAUUUGCAACAAAAAAGCAAACAUGCUAUUGAAGUGCUUUUGGACAGAGAUAUCGUGAGGCAAAACCCUGGAGCAACUUUCCACCUGGAUAAAUAUCCAGAGGCAGGGUCAUCGUCGCGGAAUUUAUCAAACGUUGCCUGUCUCCUGAACAACAACGAAAUAACGAAUAAACUGCGGGGCAUUAUAAUCGACAAAAAGCCAGCGACGUUUGUUGAAAAACUGCCAAAAUCUUUAGCCCAAGUCGGCGCACCGUUGUUGUACAAUUUAAACAAGUAUCAAAGAAAAGCGGUAUUAUCAGUUUUCUCGGCAAACGAUUACGUGCUGAUAAAAGGUAUGCCGGGCACUGGAAAAACACGAACUCUGGUUGCUCUGAUCGAAGUGCUCGUGAAAAUGGGACAAUCAGUUUUAAUAACGUCCCACACUCACAGCGCUGUUGACAAUAUUUUACUCAAGCUCGAAAAAAAUGGAGUUGAUUUUUUGCGACUUGGUUCUGACUUGCGAAUAAACGCGUCGUUGCUACAUAAAUCGGAGAACAUCCUCGCAGCUCAGUGCACUACACCUGAGAGCUUAGAAGCCAUGUAUUUGAGCAAGAAAGUCGUCGCUGUUACGUGCUUAGGAUCGACCCACAGCCACGUAGCCAGACGAAUAUUUGACGUAUGCUUAAUCGAUGAAAGCACUCAAGUAUUGCAGCCGACAGUAUUGAGACCAAUAUACAGCGCUUCCAAGUUCGUACUGGUUGGUGACCCUGAACAAUUGCCACCGAUAAUCCGAAACGACGAAGCAAGAAAAAUGGGCAUGAACGAAUCACUUUUCGCUCGAUUGGACAGUGAGAAUAAUACGGUCACGCUGAAACUCCAGUACCGCAUGAAUAAAAGGAUUAUGUCGAUCGCCAAUAUUCUCACUUAUAACGAUUCCAUGAUCGCAGCUAAUUCACAAAUUGCCAAUGCCACCCUUUACGUCAAAGAUCCAACGGUUUUGGAAUCUUGCGAACAAUGGGUUUCCAAAGUCCUGUCCUUGUAUCUCGAAGAUUCUGCUGUAAUUUUGAAUACGGGUGCGACGCAUUCGCUCAACAUCGAGAACCCCAUUGCCGAAUGUAGAGAUGAUGAAAAAUUAGUUUCCAAUGUAUUCGAAGCAGCGAUAAUAUUGCGUUUGAUAUCUGUUCUACGAAAGGGAGGAGUCGAACCAUCGGCGAUGGGAAUAAUUUGCCCGUUCACCGCUCAGGUUCAACUGUUGCGAAGCCUGAGCGAGGACAUAGAAGUAAACACCGUGGACCAGUAUCAAGGCCGGGACAAGGACGUGAUUUUUUACUCGUGCACGAGGAGCGUAAGCAAAAACUUCAAGGAACCGAAGGGAUACUCAAUUCUCGAAGACAGUCCGCGAUUGAACGUGGCAGUAACUAGAGCGAAGCACAAGCUCAUUAUAAUCGGGGAUAAAUCGUCGUUAAAAGUAUUCAAACCGUUUCAGCAGCUUUUUCAAGUGAUGGAAAACGACAUCGUAGAUCUAGAGCCUGGACAAGAUCAAUUCACGUGGGAAAGUCUCAUGCAAUCGAUAAAAUAAGAACUAGACGCAGGGAACACUUUCCUCGUCAAAAGUUCGUAUUCCAAAAACUUCGUCAAUGCAGUUACUUUUUCCAAAAUCUCACGAAAUUCUGUAUUUAAAUUGUUUUCUCCAAUAACGAUUAUUCACAAUUUGAGUUUACACGAGUUCAGAGAAAAAAAAUGGGAGAGCCUAAAGACUCUUAUUUUGCUAUGAAUGUAUAACUUUUAAUAUUUUUUUUAUUUGUAUAUGUUUUUUUUAAGAGUGAUUAAAUAAGUGAUGAAUGCAUCUGCACAAAAUGCAA